AUGUCUGUACCAAAGGGCCUAUUGGUCGACAACCAGUCCCGGUGUGUUCAUUGGAACUCCAAACUAGACGUUGUCUGCUUUAGAUUUAAAUGCUGUGAUCGCUAUUACGCCUGUCAUUCGUGCCACGAUUUUUUGGAAGAACACCCAAUUCAGAGGUAUAAAGUUGCAAACGACUCCACAACUCACGUAGUUUUGUGCGGAGUGUGUCGAAACACUAUGACUUUUGACCAAUACCGGAACGGAUUGACCUGCGGGUCAAAUCUCCAGUGUCCCUUCUGCUCUGCACCGUUUAAUCCUAAUUGUAAGUUACACUACAACAUCUAUUUCGAUAUAUAG